GUUGCUACACUGGAUGAUCACUAUUGAUUAAAAGCAGCACAAAAAACUCUGCACCCAGCUAUACCGGCUGAUUCUCCAGUUUAGAAAAUACAAUUCCUACCUUUGUGCAAACAUGGAAGCACAACAGAACAAGCUUGAAUUCUUCCACAAGCUGGGCUAUAACAAGAAGGAAGUGUGCAAAGUGCUGGAGAAAUUAGGCCAAGAGGCUUCAGAGAAUGAUCUGCUGCAAGAAUUGAUUCACAUGGGGAGGAGACCUCAUGAGAGUGAGAAUGGGACACCCUGUCUUCAUCCCAGUCUUGCUGCCCAUGGAACAUAUGGGCCCUUGCCAUUUCCCCAGGGCUCUACUGAGGAACCACGUGAGACAUCCGGUCACCUGAGACCUAUUGUAAUCGAUGGGAGCAACGUCGCAAUGAGUCAUGGAAACAAGGAAGUGUUUUCAUGCUUAGGAAUUCAGCUGGUGGUAGACUGGUUCAAACAAAGAGGUCACCAGUACAUCAAAGUUUUCGUUCCAUCUUGGAGAAAGGAACAAUCUCGAUUUGAUACCCCUGUUACAGAUCAGCAUAUCCUUGAAAGCCUUGCAAAGCAAGCAAUUCUUGUCUAUACACCAUCCCGCAACAUAAAGGGCAAAAGAAUGAUGUGCUACGAUGAUCGCUACAUUGUUAAAUUGGCCUAUGAGCAAGAUGGGGUCAUUGUUUCCAAUGACAACUUUCGAGAUCUGCAGAAUGAAAACCCUGAGUGGAAAUGGUUCAUUGAGCAGCGACUGCUGAUGUAUUCUUUUGUCAAUGACAAAUUCAUGCCACCUGAUGAUCCUUUAGGCCGACACGGACCUUCUCUUGACAAUUUUCUUAGCAAAAAAACCCUUUUCUCUGAAUCAAAAUGGCAGCUCUGUCCUUAUGGCAAAAAAUGCACAUAUGGCAUCAAGUGCAAAUUUUACCACCCAGAAAGGUUGAGCUGGGACCAUCUCUCUGUAGCUGAUGAACUCCGGGCCAAAGCAAAAACCUGCUCAUUCAGUCAGAAGACUGAAGAAGAAAAGAUGGGAACAAAACCCAUGAAGAACAAGAGUGGGCAUCCAGCAACUCUAUAUAGUCCUAGAAGUGCUAUUAACAGCAGAAGCAACACAGCACUCAGCUCAGAAAUAGUUCACACCAGCAUCCCACAACAAAGAGGAGAGUACCACAUGGCUUCAGCAAACAACUGGACAAACACGUAUCAGGACGACCACCAGGCUCCACUGAAUUUACUACAACACAGUCAAACAGGAUAUGCAGCAGCACUGUCUGAGCACUUCACUGCAUCUUCUCUAACUUACUCUGGAAAUACACUUGGAGGACCUGUAAAAUAUGAAGCCCUAGUAAGUGAGCCUCCUAGGGAUCAUUAUCGCAGAUACAGCCAAGGUCCACUUUUGUCUCAUCACAGCCUGUGCUUGGACUGUCCAUGUUUACAAAUCUGUAACUUCCAAGGAUGUUGCAGAAAACAGGCAUCAGCAACACAGGCCUUACAAACACCUUCCUUUUUGGCAAGGCAAAUCUCAAAGGCCCAGCCCAAGGAAGAAUGGGAUUCUAUAGAUUCUUCAGCUGAGACAUUUUCAUAUAGCAAAUAUGGAGAUAUGCAUUAUCUUGGACAUUUGCAAGCCAGACCUUCUGACCAAUUAUUUUUGUUGAAUUCCAGCUCACUCAGAGCAGACAGUCGCGGCAUAUAUCCUUCUGGUAUGGAGUCUCAGCAGAAUUUGGCUCCAAAUCCCUUUUCUAAAGAGCAAGCAAAUAUCCAGCAACCUCCAAGCUUUACGUUCCCAUACCAUCCGAAAAGCCAAGCCUCAACCUCUUCCAACACAGACAUAAUGAGAAAUUUAAUACCAUUAGCUCAGAAGUAUGGGAACCUACAUGGUAGAUUCCCUAACAGAAAACCAUGGUAA